GCCCCCCACCUCCCUAGACCUCCUGAAAAACGCUGGCCGGGGAAAGUCCGGGCAGAGCCGGAGCAGUGGCCAGGGUAACGCUGUCUUGUGCACCCGCACUUCCCACCCGAGACCUCUCACUGAGCCCGAGCCGCGCGCGACAUGAGCCACGGGAAGGGAACCGACAUGCUCCCGGAGAUCGCCGCCGCCGUGGGCUUCCUCUCCAGCCUCCUGAGGACCCGGGGCUGCGUGAGCGAGCAGAGGCUUAAGGUCUUCAGCGGGGCGCUCCAGGAGGCGCUCACAGAGCACUACAAACACCAUUGGUUUCCCGAAAAGCCGUCCAAGGGCUCCGGCUACCGCUGCAUUCGCAUCAACCACAAGAUGGACCCCAUCAUCAGCAGGGUGGCCAGCCAGAUCGGACUCAGCCAGCCCCAGCUGCACCAGCUGCUGCCCAGCGAGCUGACCUUGUGGGUGGACCCCUAUGAGGUGUCCUACCGCAUUGGGGAGGACGGCUCCAUCUGCGUCUUGUACGAGGAGGCCCCAGUGGCCGCCUCCUGUGGGCUCCUCACCUGCAAGAACCAAGUGCUGCUGGGCCGGAGGAGCCCCUCCAAGAACUACGUGAUGGCGGUCUCCAGCUAGGCCCCUCCGCCCCCUCCCUGGGCGCCGCCGUGCUCAUGCUGCCGUGACAACAGGCCACCACAUACCUCAACCUGGGGAACUGUAUUUUUAAAUGAAGAGCUAUUUAUAUAUAUAUAUACAUAUUUUUUUUUUUUUUUAAGAAAAGAGGAGGAAAAAAACCAAAAGAUUUUUUUUUAAGAAAAAAAUCCUUCAAGGGAGCUGCUUGGAAGUGGCCUCCCCAGGUGCCUUUGGAGAGAACUGUUGUGUGCUUGAGUCUGUGAGCCAGUGUCUGCCUAUAGGAGGGGGAGCUGUUAGGGGGUAGACCUAGCCAAGGUGAAGUGGGAGACGUUUGGCUAGCACCCCAGGAAGAUGUGAGAUGGAGCAAGCAAGGUUAGCAACUGUGAACAGAGAGGUCGGGAUUGCCCUGGGGGAGGAAGAGACGCCAAGUUCAGAACUCUCUGUCUCCCCCAGCCAGACACCUGCAUCCCCGGCUCCUCUUUUUACUCAGGGGCAUUCAUGCCUGGACUUAAAUAAUACUAUGUUAUCUUUUCUUUUAUUUUUCUAAUGAGGUCCUGGGCAGAGAGUGAAAAGGCCUUUCCUGAUUCCUACUGUCCUGAGCAGCUUUUCUUGAAAUCAUGACUUGUUUCUAAUUCUACCCUCAGGGGCCUGUAGAUGUUGCUUUCCAGCCAGGAAUCUAAAGCUUUGGGUUUUCUGAGGAGGGAGGAGGGAACUGGAGGUUAUUGGGGUUAGGAUGGAAGGGAACUCUGCACAAAACCUUUGCUUUGCUAGUGCUGCUUUGUGUGUAUGUGUGGCAAAUAAUUUGGGGGUGAUUUGCAAUGGAAUUUUGGGACCCAAAGAGUAUCCACUGGGGAUGUUUUUUGGCCAAAACUCUUCUUUUUGGAACCACAUGAAAGUCUUGAUGCUGCUGCCAUGAUCCCUUUGAGAGGUGGCUCAAAAGCUACAGGGAACUCCAGGUCCUUUAUUACUGCCUUCUUUUCAAAAGCACAACUCUCCUCUAACCCUCUCCUCCCCCUUCCCUUCUGGUCGGGUCAUAGAGCUACCCUAUUUUCUAGGACAAGAGUUCUCAGUCACUGUGCAAUAUGCCCUCUGGGUCCCAGGAGGGUCUGGAGGAAAACUGGCUAUCAGAACCUCCUGAUGCCCUGGUGGGCUUAGGGAACCAUCUCUCCUGCUCUCCUUGGGAUGAUGGCUGGCUAGUCAGCCUUGCAUGUAUUCCUUGGCUGAAUGGGAGAGUGCCCCAUGUUCUGCAAGACUACUUGGUAUUCUUGUAGGGCCGACACUAAAUAAAAGCCAAAUCUUGGGCACUGUUUUUUCUCCCUGGUGCUCAGAGCACCUGUGGGAAAGGUUGCUGUCUGUCUCAGUACAAUCCAAAUUUGUCGUAGACUUGUGCAAUAUUUACUGUUGUGGGUUGGAGAAAAGUGGAAAGCUACACUGGGAAGAAACUCCCUUCCUUCAAUUUCUCAGUGACAUUGAUGAGGGGUCCUCAAAAGACCUCAAGUUUCCCAAACCGAAUCACCUUAAGAAGGACAGGGCUAGGGCAUUUGGCCAGGAUGGCUACCCUCCUGCUGUUGCCCCUUAGUAAGGAAUCUUCCCCCCACUUCCUCUACCCCCAGGUUCCCCUCCCCACAGCCAGUCCCGUUUCCUGGAUUUCUUAACUGCUCAAUUUUGACUCAAAGGUGCUAUUUACCAAACACUCUCCCUACCCAUUCCUGCCAGCUCUGCCUCCUUUUCAACUCUCCAUAUUUUGUAUUUGCCUUCCCAGACCCUGCUUCCAGUCUUUACUGCUUUAAAGUUCACUUUGGGCCCACAGACCCAAGAGCUAAUUUUCUGGCUUGUGGGUUGAAACAAAGCUGUGAAUCACUGCAGGCUGUGUUCUUGCAUCUUGUCUGCAAACAGGUCCCUGCCUUUUUAGAAGCAGCCUCAUGGUCUCGUGCUUAAUCUUGUCUCUCUUCUCUUCUUUAUGACGUUCACUUUAAAAACAACAAAACCCCCGAGCUGGACUGUUGAGCAGGCCUGUCUCUCCUAUUAAGUAAAAACAAAUGAUAGUAGUAUGUUUGUAAGCUAUUCUGACAGAAAAGACAAAGGUUACUAAUUCUAUGAUAGUGUUUUUAUAUGGAAGAAUGUACAGCUUAUGGACAAAUGUACACCUUUUUGUUACUUUAAUAAAAAUGUAGCAGGAUAAA